AGCUGCCAACAAACCAUUUUGCAACACACAUUCGCGAGCAGUUAUGGUGCACCAUACGUCGCAGGUGUUUACAGUCCCCCAAAAGACUGCAAGUUCACUACAACCAUUUUCAACAUCUCCGUGACAUCUCAUGGCCGACAAUAUCAUCGACUUGCUCUGCUUUUCCUGGGAGAUAUCGAAGUAUGGCGCACUUCAACAGCUAUGCCAAUCGAUGUUGGAAUCUACUGGUCCUACCAGAAAGACAUGACCACCUUCGACACUAUUCUCAAAAUUGAGCAGAGGGUCAUUUUUGAUCUCAGCAAUGUGUAUUCAGAUUUGUAUACUGGGGCCUACGGAAUACGUUAAUACGUUCCCCGAAAAUCCGGGAUGGCUGUAUGGUUACUCUCCGUUCAGAGAAAUCCAAGUGCUGAUAGAUGGAAAACUGGCUGGAGUGUCAUGGCCAUUUCCUCUUCUUUUCACUGGCGGGGUAGAUCCUGGACUUUGGCGACCAAUUGUAGGGAUUGAUGCCUUCGAUUUGCCAUCUUUUGACGUCGAUGUGACGCCUUGGUUACCUCUUCUGUGUGACGGGAAGUUACACAACUUCAGUCUAAAAGUUGUGAGCUUUGAUACUUCAGCUUCUGGAAAUAUCGGCUCUGUUGGGGAGAACUGGUGGGUCACGGGGGCUGUAUUCAUUUGGCUUGACGAACACGGAAACCAGACGCGAGGAAGUGCCAUCGAAAGUAAAAUACCGUCCACAGUCUUCAGCUUCUAUCCACAAGUAUCUAGUGUAACUUCCAACGGAACCUCAACUAAUACAUCACUCUAUUUCAAGCUCACAGCACAUAGAAGCCUUUCAAUUUCGUCCACGAUCGUCACCUCCGCUGGUCCUAAGAUAGUUGCUUGGUCGCAGUCUCUCUCCUUCCAAAAUAUCCAAAAUAUGACGGAUUUGGGUCUCAACCAAUCCCUCAGCCAGCUCACAGCUGGCUCAUAUUCCGACUCCUUUUCCGGCAUUGAAACAACAUACUCGUACCCGAUCAACCUCUAUAGCUCGUAUAUCAUCGCCCCCUCACUCGCAACUCUUUCCUCGGUAUUCGCUCUCAUUGAUCGAAGUCUUAUUACAAAACGAGUCGACAUUAUAUCCUCCUUGUCUGGGACCAAAAUGGGGAGUCAGAGUCUGGCGACGCGACAAAGUGCCGAGAGCAGGUAUUAUUGGAAUGAGACGAUUGUCGAAGGGACGGCUGCCGACACAGGCGAGACCGAGCAGUGGUUCUCCAAUUCCGGACACUCGAGUCUUGGAAAGGAUGGCAUGACUGAGUUCUCCAGGCAUUUGAAGGAGGUUGAUGGCGCGAUCGUGUUCGAUCACGAGGCAUGGAGCAUGAUUCAGGUGCCGAGCACCAGUCCCCUGCCAUAUGUGGAAGGCGAGCCCACUGUUUGAGACGAGCGAGCUGCCCUCCCCGGUGGACCUCAAUAAAAACAAGGAACAGGAAACUUUGACAUCCUCCUAAUCGAAAUCUCAGUCUCUCAUAAAUAACAACCUUCCUUCCCACCUGAUCUUGGACGUCUCCCAUGGAUAACUUCGCGCCACUUUAGAAGCGAAGAGCGGCACAAUAGUCUCCGUAAAACCUCCUCCAAAACUUCUCUCCGGUCUACACAAGAAUUUUGCUGUCCCACUUGGCGGGUCAAGGGGCUGUGACAACUGUUUCUGCAUCGCAUUUGAUUGGAGUAUGG